GAAUGCGUGUCCAACUGUGGUGAUAAAAACAAACUUUCCGUUUCUUUAAAAACAUUUCGAUUCAUUACUUUACUUCCGUGUACACAUCAUAACAAAUUUUCACAUAUGGAGACUGUGACCAUGCAUUCAUAAACAGGUUUAUAAACUGGGUCCAUAUAUAGAAUGUCAUCAAUGAGUCCAUCGGGAUUACAUGUAAAUAAACCUGUCAUUGCGGUGCUUUUUGGUGUGAUAGUUGUUGGCAUAGUCUAUUUCAAGAUGUCAGGGAGAACAGCUCCAACCGCGAAUGUUGAGCUUGGGCAAAAAAGUGUAUCGAAAGACACAGAAAAAGCGCAGACUUCCAAAGACAGUACUGAUGACCUUAAGAGUAUUACGGUCAAACAUGUAACUGAUUUAAAGGUUAAAGUUGGUGAUAAGGAGUUAACUGUAGCUUACAGAGAAACAAACUGUGAAGAGGCCAAACUUGAUGUGUUAUUUUUGCAUGGAAUGGCAUUCAAAUCGGAAACCUGGGCCAGUGAUCCAGUGUGGACACUACAGCUUUUAUUUAAAACUGGAGGUUUCAGAGCUGUAGCCAUCGAUUUACCAGGGUAUGGUGACAGCCCCCAGGCUGAUGUGGACAAAGCAUUAUUUAUUCAAGCAGUGAUUGAUACUCUGAAGCUGAAUAAGCCGGUGAUUGUGAGUCCGUCAAUGAGUGGAGGCUUCUCCCUACCGUACCUUUUUAAAUAUCCUGGCAGUGUUAGAGGAUUUGUACCAGUAGCUCCUGUAGGGACAGGUGAUUUCACACCAGAAGAUUAUAAAAAAUUAAAGAUACCAACUCUUGUGAUAUACGGAGAAAAAGACAAACGUUUAGGCGUAGAUUCUAAGAAGAACCUAGAGAAUUUGCCAGAACGUACAAUAGUGGAAGUGCCGGGAGCUGGACACCCAUGUUAUAUAGACAAUCCAGAAUUUUUCCACGAAUUUUUUAUCAAAUUUUUGAAAAGUUUAAUAAAAUGAGAAAUUGAUGCCAUUUUUGCCCCUGCGCAUAAAACUCAGCGGUAUGUUAAUGAUAGAAGGGUUGAUAUUUUAUAUUUGUACAUACAGGUAAAUCUGUGCAUGCAUGAUUUUGUAAGCAUUUACAGUGUAAAAGUUUGAAACACUGCAUCAACUAAAUUUUGGUGAGUUUAGUUUGAAUAUAUUUUAUUGCAUGUAAAACAUGUAUUUAUAUAAUUACAGCAGAGGUAGACAAUUAGACAUAAACAGUCAAUGAAAUUAUAGCAAUAGGGUCGGGCUACAAGUUUCCAGCAUUAGUAAAUGGCCCGUCCCUUGAAUUUUAGUGACCCGUUAAGACCUUUUAGGUUUUCAUAUAGUAAGCCUCUUAGUUAAUCAGAAACUUCAUGAAAUAAUUAUAAUUAUGUAUAUACAUGGGGAUUAAUUAUAUAUUUUAUUUGAAUACAAGUACUCAUAAAAAUCUCAACUUCUCUGUUUUAUACUGUGAAAUCAUUUCAUUUUGUUGGGUAUUAACUUUGGCUGCCAGUAUUUUGAGUGGAAAUAUUUGUGGAUUCAAAGUUUUUAAGAUAUGUAAAUGAAAGGUGGAUAUAAUUUCUUAGCUCUAGGCAACCAUGAAAUCCACAUAAAUUAGUCCCUCAAGAAUGUAAAUGUAUUACAAUGUCACUGUUUUAUAUUUAUUACAUAAUCAUUUGGAGUUAUGAACAAACUGUUUUUUUUUUUUUAGCUCACCUGAGCCAAAGGCUCAUGGUGAGCUUUUGUGACCACUCAAUGUUUGUCGUCCGUCGUGUGUCAGUCAACAUUUUCUAAAAGAAUCUUCUUGAAAACCACUGGGCAGAAUUACUCCAAACUUCACAGGAAUGAUCCUUGGGUGGCCCCCUUUCAAGUGUUCAAAGAUUUGAAUGCCAUGCAGAACUCUGGUUGCCAUGGCAACCAAAAGGAAAAACUUUAAAAAUCUUUUUGUCCAAAAUCGCAAAGCGUAGAGCCUUGAUAUUUGGCAUGUGACAUUAUCUAAUGGUCCUCUAUGAAGAUUAUUCAAAUUGUGCCCCUGGGGUGAAAAAGAGGCCCCCACCCUGGGGGGUCCCAAAUUUACAUAGACGUAUAGGAAAAACCUUUGAAAAUCUUCUUGUCUGAAACUGCAAGACCUAGGCCUUGCCUUGUGGUCCUCUACCAAGAUUGUUCAAAUUAUGCCCCUGGGGUGAAUAGAGGCCCUGCCUCGGGGUGGAGGGGGGGGGUCUGAAGUUUUACAUAGACUUGUAUAAGAAAACUUAAAAAUCUUCUUGCCUGAAACUGCAAGGCCAAGGCUUUUGAUAUUUGGUAUGUUUCUUCUUUUCUAAAAGUUUAAGGCCUAGGCCUUUGCUAUUUAGUAUGAAGCAUUGCCUAGUGAAUCUCUAGCAAGAUUGUCCAAAUUAUGCCCCCACCCCACCCUGGGGGUCACUUGUUAUAUGAGUUAUAUAGGAAUAAAUACUUCAAAAAUUAUCAGAUCAGAUUUCCUAGACUGUUUAAUUAUAAUUACCCGAAGACCUUAAGUGAUUAGGAGUCACUUGACUGUGACCUUGACCUACUUUGUUUUUUAAGAUACAGCCUUGAAAUUUGGAUUUGUACAGCUUUUCACACCAAUCUUAAAACUAACUUUCAGUGACCAUGAAUUUGACCUACUGACCAACUUUCUAAUAUUUUUUUUGCCAUUUUGCCAUUUGAAACACGUGGCUCAUAUUACUCAGGUGAGCGAUUCAGAAUCAUCAUGACCCUCUUGUUUUCGUAAAUUUUUUGCAAUUUCUGUUUGACAAGAUAAUUAUAUAUGUAAAUAUUUAUUAUGGAUACUAAAUUGGUGCAGAGAUUAAGUGCUAUUCUUCACCUUAUUAAAAUAGUAUAGUUGAUAAAAUAACCUUGGCUAAAAUUGUUACAACUUUGUGAAAUAUUUGGGACUGCCAGUUUGAAAUGUCAGCAUAUUUUUGCAAUGUUGUUUUCUGUAUUACUUGUCAUAAUGCUAAAUUCCUGUCUUUCACUGAAGUUUAAGUUUAGUGUGAUAAAAAAGUUAAGGGAAUUAAGAGCAGUUGCUGAGUGGUUUCAGGGGUGGCAAAUUCAAUUGUCCGUAUUGCCCAGGUUGUCCCAAAGGACAAGUAAAAAAUAGCAGAUGACAAAAACGGACAAGCAAGCCAAAAUCAGAUUUCGCCGCCCGUGGGUUUAAUGUCGUUGACUUAAAUUACUGGCCCCUCACUGAUGUUGGUUCUAGCCCUCCCUCUGGGUGAUGUAUUCUUCAUGUCAUGAAGCCGUACAUCCGGCUUAUGGAAGGUUAGUGGUUCUACCCAAUUACACACCUAUGAAAGAAUUCUGCAAAGAGGGGCACAUUUGGUCUCUUCCACCUUAUAAAGUUAGAAGGUCGCCAUAUGACCUGUAACUCAACAGAAACAAAGUUAAGAGGUAUUGACAGUGUGCAUAUUUUUUAUAAAAUAGAUGUGCCUGUAUCGAGUGAUUUUCAUAAUUUUUAUCUUCGUAACAGUUAAAGGCUGGGAAAUAGAAAAUAUGACUUCCUAAGACAAGUGGCUGUUCAAUAGAGGUGACCACUUACACAGGUCUGACUAUAUGAUGAAAUGGCAUAAUGACUAGUUUAAUUUACGAGUUAAAUUUGAUAUUCACGCCUACAAAAAAGUUCUUUCAAAGUUUGGAGUCAGGUUGGUAAUUGAAGGCUUUAUAAUGCUCAUACUGUGGAUUUUUAUUUGCUUAAAUUUAAAGGUAUUAUACUAAUUUGGACAAGGCGUCUUCAUGGUGUAUAAAGGUGGGCCUCUCGAGAAGUUUGCUUAUGGCUUUGUUGUAAUUAAUUUGCAUUUAGUGAAAAAAAACAGGUUUUUCAUGCUUUUAUUAACCAGGUUUUCAACGAAAACCCGAGUUAUUAGAUUGGGGUAGAUGUCGGUCGGGCGGGCGGCGGCGGCGUCAAACUGGUGUUUCCGGUCAAUAACUUUUGUUUCGGUAAAGAUAUUUGAAUAAAACUUGGUAUGUAUGUAGCUUAUAUCAAGACAAAGGCUGGGAUUGAUUUUGGGGUUUCUGGGGUCAAGGUCAAGGUCACUGUUACUUAAAACAGAAAAAGGGUUUCCGGUCAAUAACUUGUUUCGGUAAAGAUAUUUGAAUCAAACUUGGUAUGUAUGUAGCUUAUAUCAAGACAAAGGCUAGGAUUGAUUUUGGGGUUUCUGGGGUCAAGGUCAAGGUCAUUGUUACUAAAAAUAGGGUUAGGGUUAGCAUAUCUUCUACAUGCAUGGAGGGAUUUUGAUGAAAGUUGGCACAAUUGUUCACCAUCAUGAGACGGAGUGUCAAGCGCAAGAACCAGGUCCCUAGGUCUAAGGUCAAGGUCAAACUUAGAGGUCAAAGGAUACAAGAAUGAAAACUUUGUCCGGAGCAUAUCUUCUUCAUGCAUAGAGGAAUUUUGAUGUAACUUGGCACAAUUAUACACCAUCAUGAGACGAAGUGUCUUGCGCAGUUCCCUUCUUUAGAAUUACUUCCCUUUGUUGUUACUAUAAAUAGCUUAUAUUGUAACUUUUUCAUUACUAGACGUAGGGAAAAAUCGAGACCACUUUUCUGUAGUACAACAUGCAUGUUACAUCCAAUUUUGAGGUGUAUUUUGACCAAUCUCUGCCUGGUAAGGCUUUCUGUGUGGACUUACAAUUUUUUUUUUUGUAUUUUUUUUUUUUUUAAGAUUAACUUCCCUUAGUUGUUACUAUAAAUAACUUAUAUUGUAACUUUUUUAUAACUGACCGUAGGGAAAAACCAAGACCACUUUUCUGUGGUACAACAUAGUUGUUACUUUCUAAUUUUAGGUGUAUUUUAAGGUAUCUCUACCUGGUAAGGAGUUUUUUUGUGGACUUAGAAAAACAAAAGAAUUACAAUGAUUACUAAACAACCACAAAAUUAAAAUUACAUCUGCAAAUACAGGUGCUAGAGUAAAGAAAUUUGCUGUGACGGGCGUAUAUUGUGACAUUCUGGCACUCUUGUUUAUUCUUAUGAAAAGUGUUGAAAACCUGGUUUCGUGGCAUUGCCGCGUUUCUUGUCUAUAUUGUAAAAUCAGAUACCUUAGCAUGACCUGUAUUUCAUGAAAUCUAGGAACAUUCUAAUCAUGCAAGAUUUAAUAUCAUUGUGUCAAAAAAAAAAAAAACAUAACUUUUACAUAUCAGUACUAUUAAGAACGAGGAUUUUGCAAGAAAAAGUUCUUGUGAAAUAAUCCAAAAUACUAAAUUAAUAUGAAAUUUAUUUCUUCAUAUUCAGUAGUUCUGAUUUUACAAUGGAAUGGAUUGUUUAAAGUACUUUUUAAAGGAACAAUGUUAGCUCUUUCAUUUUGCACAAUAAAAUAUAAAUGAAGGCAUUCCAUUUAAGGCAAUGGUUUUGCAUAAAUAACAAAUGAUGUUGAUACAUUUUGCAUAGAUUGUGAAUGUUUGUCCAGGUAUAAGGUUAAAACGGACCGACUUGCACCAUAGUUAUUGACACAGCACGUUCAGAAGUUUGAAAUUGUAUUUUAGAUGCCCCAGAGUACUUUGAUUAGGUAGAAUAUAACUUAUUAUUAUUAGCACAGGUAUGCAAAAAAAAGAAAAAGAGAAUGAGCUUGUAGGAAUAUAAAAGAUUUUAGAAUUUUAUCCUUUUCUUUAUCAGUGGUUUUAUUUAUGCGCCAACCAGAGCCUGAUUUAGUGCUUGUAACACAUAACUGAAGCUGAUGUACAUAUUGUGUAAGUGAGGGUUGUUAAACUACUUUGAUUAGUUUUGUAAACAUUGUGUAUUUCUAUUUAUAAAAAUUGCUAUGAUGAUUACUGGGCAAGUAAAACUAUAAAACAA